CUUUGGCGCAGUUGUGAAAUUGACUGCAACACGGUCGCAGCGCAAUCCGCUUCGUGUAAUAUCGCAAUAUCUUUACUGUACCGACUCUCAGUACUCUGCUGGUCCCUUAGGUGACUCGUCGUGCAGUGCAACAUACAUAUCGAUAAACUAAAGAAAGUUAAAGAAAAACAGUUAAAAGUUUUUUGAAAAAAAGCUACAGAAAAAUAUUUCAACACGAUGGCAUCAGAAACUAUAUCGAGCGCAGAGCUCGAGUAUCUCCCUGACCGCAUCGCAGACACUUUCUCCGGAAUGAAGGUCCUCAUCACUGGAGGAACUGGCUUCAUGGGGAAGGUCCUGGUGGAGAAACUGCUCAGAAAGUGCCCAGACAUCGAUCAGAUACUCCUGUUCGUGAGAUCCAAGAAGGGCAAAAAUCCAAAACAACGAUUGGAAGAAAUCUUCAGUGGUGCUCUCUUUGACCAACUUCGGGAGAUGAGAGGUGGAGUAGAACCACUCCUGGAGAAGGUGACUCUCAUCAACGGAGACGUAUCAGAACCAGACCUGGCCAUGAGUCCUGAAGACAGGCAGAUGAUCAUCGACCAGGUUGACAUCAUCAUUCACGCUGCGGCUACCAUCAGGUUCGAUGAAGAGCUGAAGAAGGCUGUUCUUCUAAACGUGAGAGGUACCAAGCUGAUGGUGGAACUGGGCAAGGCUUGUAAGAAAUUGAAGGUAUUCAUCCACAUAUCGACGGCAUACUGCCACCUCCACGAGAAACUCCUGGAGGAGAAGGCGUAUCCCCCACCAGCCGACCCUCAUCAGAUCAUCCAGGCAGUGGAGUGGAUGGACGAGGAGACUAUUGCUACUAUGACGCCCAAGUUACUGAACAAGCUACCCAACUCCUAUGCCUUCACGAAGGCUCUCGCUGAAGCCCUAGUCGUGGAAGCCAUGGAGAAAGCCAACCUGCCAGCCAUGGUACUCCGACCUUCCAUUGUAAUUCCAAUCUGGCAAGAGCCCGUUCCUGGGUGGACUGACAAUAUCAACGGACCCACUGGAUUGCUUAUCGGAGCUGGCAAGGGAGUGAUCAGGUCAAUGUACUGCAAGAGCAACAGCUAUGCUGACUACCUGCCGGUCGACGUAUUUAUAAACGGCAUCAUGAUUGUCGCGUGGAAUUAUAUUAAGAAUGGCGACACGAAAUGCAACAUAAUAAACUUCACAUCAUCAGCGGAGAUUAAGGUCACCUGGUCCGAGAUGAUAGAUGCUGGCAGGGAGAUCAUCAUGAACAGAGUACCUUUGAACGGAGUAGUGUGGUAUCCAGGUGGUUCAAUGAAGCAUUCUAGGCUGUACCACAAUAUUUGCGUGUUCUUCUUCCACUGGAUUCCAGCCUUCAUCAUCGACACACUUCUCUUCUGUCUAGGAUAUAAGCCAGUACUAUGCCGUGUACAACGCCGUAUCACCAAAGGUUUCGAAGUAUUUGAAUACUACACAAACAACCAAUGGGACUUCAAAUCGGACAUCGCUCAGACGUUGAGACAGAAACUCAAUGCCAAAGAGAGACGGGACUAUAAGGUCGACGCUGUGGGUCUGGACAUCUCAAAAUACUUUGAAGACUGCAUCAGAGCCGCUCGAAUCUUCAUUUUGAAGGAGUACGAUGAUACUCUACCGGCUGCUAGGAGGCAUAUGAGAAUAAUGUACUGGGUCGACGUCAUAGUCAACUGCCUUUUCUGGGGCUUCCUGCUGUACUGGCUCAGCGGAUGGAUGACCACGACCAAAGCCAUCGUCCCAGACACCGCCACACCCACCGUCAUAGCCAUGGACGCGUAAACACCGCCAUCUUGGAUGUUUGAAGUUUGACAGCUGUCAUUGAUGACAUCUGUCACUUUUGACACCUGUCACUUUUGACACGCGUCACUUUUGACAUCUGUCAAGUUAUUUUAUUAAACUUGAGUGUUGCUAUUGGUUGUUUUUAAAGAAGUGUAGUAAUGCAUGUUUUAUUGUAAUUAGAUGUAAAAAAUGGAGGAAUGUUAUUGGUUAUGUAAUGUUUUGAUACUUAUUUUGUAGAAUAUAGUACUUUGUCAAGACUUUCAGCUCAAUACUAGAAUGUUAGGGAACAUGUCUGUAAUUUUAAAGUAAGUUUUAAGUCUUCAUUAACCAUAAUAUCAAUAAACAGCCAUUAUUUUUAUAAUAACUAUCGUGAGACAUACUUAACUAAUUAAAAAUCACAGUUUUCUCACGUACAUUAAUGAAGAGAUGGAAAUUAAAAUAUGCCCAGUAUAUGACAAUAGGCUCACGCCCUAUUACAUGGGACUUAUAAUACAAAUGGUGAAAAGUGUGUGUACAUUGUACAGAGGCAUUACAUGUCGUAAUGUGCACCUCUGCCUACCCUUUGAGAAUAAAAAGGCGUUGACGUACAAAAAAGCUAAAUGAAGAAAUAUUGAACUUGAACUGAAAAUACACAUUGGUAUUUACCCAGGUUUCGAACUCAGGAAAUUGUCAACGUCUAAGAAGUUCUACAAUGCAAAAAUUAUUGUAAAAAUUGUUACUAUAUGUGUAUAAAUACCUAAGGUGUAGGCAUUACAUUUAAGUUCUUAGAUAUAAAAUAGGUACCUUUAAAUACCUGCGUUAUAAGACUCUGAAAGACCUGAAUUUUAGGUCUUAUAUAGAUAUAAGUGUGUAUACGAUUUUUGUACCUAACCUAGAUUGGAUACUUAUUUUGUAAAUAAAGAGAGUGAAGAAAUAUA